AUGGUGAAUUCUAAGAAAAUUAUUUUAGAACGAUAUCGUACAUUAUUAGAAAGUAAUCUUAUUUUAACUGAUGAUUUAAUUAAUUGGUUAAAAGAAAAAAAAGUUUUUCCUAACUUUGCCUUUGAUGAUAUUAAAGCUAUACCGACGUCAUCAGAAAGAAAUAAAAAAUUUUUAACUAUUGUUAUUGAUAAUGGUGAUGCAGCUUUUACAAAAUUUGCUGAAGGAUUAAUUGCAAAUGGUCAACCUUUCUUAGGUGAACUUCUUGAAAGUGAAGAUAAAAAAGCAUCCGAAAUAGUAGGCGAUGCAUCCGAACGAGUAGUUAUUGAUGAUGAUAUACUUAAAAAAUGUCCUGGUAUUGAUAAAUUACGUGCGGAUACAAGAGAUAAACUUAAAACAUACCUUCAAGAAUUAUUAUUAAAAGCUCAUUUAAAUGAUACAUGGAAAGCUCAAAAUCAAAAUAAAUCAGUCGAAGUUAUCAAUCUUAAAAGACAACAUUAUGAAACUCAACAUAGAUUAAAUGAAACAUUAGAAGAAGAAAAGCGUAAUAUAAUCACAUUAAAAGAUGCUCUUCGAAAUGAACAACUUGCUCGACAACAAAAAGAAGAAGAAAUGCAAGAACUUCGUAAUGAAGUUACCCGACUUAGAUCAGAUUUUGAACAAAGAUGGUCAAGUCAGAUUAAAAUGGUUGACGCAAAUAAUCGAAGUGUAUUUCGAAUGCAUGAUAAAAUGGUUAUGCUUACUGAAUGGCUUCGUUCUUUAGAUAAAAUGUUAAAAACAAAUAUAUUACAAAGUGGUAUCGAAUCAGAUUCGAUGGAUCAAUUACAAAAUAAAUUAAAACGAUAUACAACAGAAAUUGAAUCUCUUCGUGGAAAAGGAAUUGGUACAGAUAAACUUAAAGAAGAAUUAUAUGAAGCUAUUUAUACAAGUCGUUAUUUACCAAUAGAAGAUCGUAAAAAUAAACCAUUUCAUGCACUUUUAUUACAACUUUAUGGUACAAAUCAAGUAGCUGAAUUAGCAACAAUAUGUACAAAAGAUGUUUUACAAUCAAAACAAGAACGUGAUAAUGCUUAUGAAAUAAAAUGGCGUGAUGAAAAAAUUGAAGGACUUACACAAACAAAUAAAGAAUUAAAUGAUGAAAUUGAACGUCUUAAAGCAGCACUUGCUGAUCAAUCAUUAAAGAAUACUAAACCACAAUGGCGUCCUGUACCUGCACAAAUGCCAACAACACCACGUGAUCCUAAUAAACCACGUGCAACAUUAAAACCAGCCAAUGUUCAAUUUGGAACAAAGCCUGGAGCUAGUUAA